GCCGAGGAAGCCAAGGAGGAGGCGGCGGCCCCCAGGAAAAGGGAAGGCAUUUGGAAGAGGAACCGGCGAACUGUGUCGGCUGAAGCUGCGGCGGAGGCGUGUGAAACCAAAAAGGUGGAGGAAAAGGCCACAGUGAAGACCGAGGAACUCAAGGAGGAGGCGGCAGCUCCCGUGAAAAAGGAGGGCUUCUGGAAGAGGACCCGGCAAAGUGUACCGGUUCAAGCUGCGGGGGAGGCAUGCGAGGCCAAAAAGGAAGAAGAAGCCACAGAGAAGGCCAAGGGAGCCAAGGAGGAGGAGGCGGUCCCUGUGAAAAAGGAGGGCUUCUGGAAGAGGACCCGGCGAAGUGUUCCG